AUGCUACUUCAACUCGUCCCAAACGCAGAGGCCGCCCGAUUUUGCCUGCCCUACGAACCGUUCUGUGCCUUGGCUGCGGAUAUAAUAUCCCGGGCCCCGCCGCUCGCGUCAUUGAGGAAGCUUGCUUUCAGCAGCAUAUCCAAUGACAGGUUCCUCCUGGUUGAUCAAGCCACCCCCAUCAUGCGCUUGGCACAAAAUCUCGAGGCUCUGCAUUUCGAUAGGUGCGGUGCCGUUACCAACCUUUUCAGCGCUUCUCUGGGCCGUAACUCGCCUGCCGACCCCCCUCCGCUGUCCAAGCUCACCGAGUUGUCUUUAGCUGACUCGCAGCUCUCAGUCGCCUCUCUCGCCGCCCUCCUCAACUCGGUGGGACCAAGACUCUCCAAGUUCAAAAUCCGGCGAUCCUCGCCCACUCUCAGCUUCGGUGACGUCCUCGCUGUACUCCAGCCUUGGAAGGGCACCCUGAGGGAGCUGACAAUUCUCAACUCGCACGAGGCGCCAUCCGAACCGAUCGGCUCGGUCGCUGGCAUCCUUCUCCUGCGUGAAUUCUAUGCGCUUGAAACACUAUGCGUCGAGGCCGCAGACUUGGAGUUUCUCGAGUACCUCAGUCGCCAGCCGGGAGUCAGUUCACUGUUCCCUCCAUCCUUGCGCGAUUUUAGGCUUCGUGGUGACCCCCGCCGCGUUGCCGCCAUAAUGAGGGACCCGCUGGUGGCUUUUAACGCCACAAAGUACUGA